AUGACAGGUAAACUUUUUAUUAUUUCACCAAAAUUACCACGGCCACAUAAUCCAUUCGAAGCGUCGAUCGAUGAAGAACAUUUUCCAAGACAAUCUGAUUCGCAUUCUGAACCAAACACUCCAAUUAGUCAACAAACAAAAUCUUCAAGUGAUAAUAAAUUAUCAAAAAUUAAAAGAAAUGCUUCUGUACGUAUAAAUCCACCAAAGCCUAUAGCUGAUAAUUCAUUAGAUUGGGAUGAUGACGAUCAACAAUUUGAUCAUCGUGCAACACUUAAUCGACGUCAAAAAUAUAAAGAAACAAUUGCUCGUGCUAAAAAAAAUCUAUUACAAAAUACAACCGUUUCUUCUAUUGUUUCAGCACCGAUCAUUGAAUUAACUGCCGGAUUAGUAACAUCAACUGCAGUUGAUCAUACAAUAUCUCUAAAACGAUAUGACAGUACAGAUUCAGAUGAUAGUCAAGGUCAAACUUUACUUCAUCUUGCUGCUAGACUUGGACAUGAAGAAAUAAUGCGUAUCUUGAUCAGUGAAACAUCACAUGUUAAUAUGUUACUAAACACACGAGGACAAACACCAUUACUUUGUGCAAUUGAAUCUGAAUCAACAUCAACAGCAACAUUAUUAAUGGAACAUGAUCCAUUAUCAUUAACAUGUAAAGAUAAUAUUGGUUCGAGUGUAUUUCAUUAUGCAACUGAACAAUGUAAUUAUAUUGUUUUAUGUCGAGCUAUUUCAUUACUUAAACAACUUAGUUCAAGUACAACUCGAUUAAUUAAUUCAGCCCAAUUCUAA